GUAAGGAAAGGAUUUCUUGUUUUCCAAAGAGGAUAUACCGAUCAAGAAGAAAAUGAAGUUGAUUAUUUCAUUAGAAUGGCAGAACAUGUGUUAGGUGAAAAGGUGUUGCCCGUUAUGGUUUCCUUAAACAAUUGUGGAUUAAUAAAAGAAUGCAAUGGCAGUGCUGUCCGUUCGUGGAUUCCAAUUCUGCAAUUUAAGAAAAAAAGUUUAGACGUUAACGUUUUAACAACUGAAUAUAAGGAUCGCAAAAGAACUGAAUAUAAGACAAACUUAAAGACACCAUGGAAUGCCAAAAAAUCAAUAUCUAAAGAAAACACCACUAAUGUCAUGAAUUUUGAGAACCAUGAAAAAAUAUCGACCAUUACUGAUGUGCAAAGUAAUUUUGACUUCGAAGCUUUGAUAUGUUAUGUGGUUAUUGGAGUUGCCAUGGUAACCGAAGAUGAAAAAUACGGAAAAGAUACAAAAUUAUAUGCAAAUGCUUUAUCGAUGUAUCUUUUGAAAAAAGGAAAAUGGCGUAUUCCGAAAGAAUGCAUUAAUGAAUUACUUGAUUAUCGAUCUGUUGAAUAUAUCUACGAAGAGGAUUGUAGACUGAAAUUGACGAAUGGAUUAUUCACUGAUUUGCUAGAUUUUAGUAGCUCGUUCCAUGUGUUACCACUUGAACUAGGAAAAGGAGGAAAGAUGACGGAGGACGAAAUCAAACCUGAACUCUAUGGGCUCAUAUUUUUUGCAUUACUGAAGAAAGAAUUUUAUCCUGGGGCAAAACAACUUGUGGAAACGGGAUUUGUUCGCAUUCACCAUCUUUUGGUUGGUUGUCAACUUCUCCAAGAGGUUUCAAACGAUUGGAAAACAACGCAUUUACAAAAAUAAAAUUUGACAAGAUUAAAAGAGGCCUUCACGCAUCGUGCUCUCCAAAUUACUAGAUGCAUUUAUGAGACGGAAAAAAAGAAAAAAGACCAAAAUUCCAAUGAACUAGUUGAAAAUGAACUGGGAGAACCGGUUGGACAUGCAGGUCGACGUUUGCUCAACCAUGGCUAUUUAGAAGAUGCAAUUAAAACUGAAAACAAGACCUUUCUUGAAAAAGACACUGUCAGCAAAAUUCUCAAUAAAAUUUGGUAUGGAGAAGAGAAUACUUCAGGGCACCAGGUUUGGAGUUUUAUCCUUUUAGCAAGUGUGCACUUACUUGUGAUGCCGCUUUUAAUGAUGUGUAUGGAAACUGGUCCUCUUAAAUGGUAUGUGGUUAAGUUAUUUCACUUUUAAAAUCUAAAAUAUGGCACGCAUCAUAAUUUUGCAAAAUCGUAUGACUAAUUUGUGUGGAGUAUAUAUUAAUCAGACCGCACUCAAGCACUUAAUAAAAAGACUAGUUAUCUAGAGGCUAACAAAAAAAAAAAACAAAAAAAAAAAACAA